AUGUUGGCAAUGGGGCCUGGGCCUCUAUGUCUGUUUUUGUUCCUACUGAUGACUCUGUGCCUACUGGCCCCGGGAAGUCAGGCUUUGAGCAGGCCUGUCUGGUACCAAGUAGGACUAGACUUACAGCCCUGGGGAUGCCAGCCACCUGGCGAGGUGGGCUGUGACGGGGGUCUGAGCUGUUCUGGACAAUGGAUGGGCCUGAGCACCAUGGGAGGUGUCUACCCCCUGACUGCUGUCACAGUCACUGUACUGAUAGUGGUUACCCACUUUGUCUACCAAAAGCGCCAAGUCAUCUUCUCCCGACUCCUGAACUCCCGAAAACAGUCGAUUGUGCCUCCAGAGCUUCUUUUGCCCCCAAAGUCGGGAUCACCGCCUUCUGAUCGUGCCUUGCUCUGCAAUGUACUACACAUGCUGGAUGCUGUCCUAAACCAUAUCGAGGGACACCUUCAGCAGCUGGCAAACCAUUCCCCACCUUCAGCCUCUGUCAGCCAAACAAAGUGCCCCUCCAUCUCUAGUGCCAGCCAAAUAAAGAGCCCUCCUACCUCUAGUGCAUAA